UUAAAAUUCAGUAAUUCAACUUUUGGUGCAAUUCCAGCGGAAUGGAGGAAAUAAUAUUUUUACUAACGAAAAAACGUAAAAAGCUUUUUUAAAAAGUAUUCAUUUUUGUCUUCCCGUAUUCAGUUAGAAACCUCAUAAACCUGAAAAAACCCUAAUUUUAAACACACAUCAAUCUUCAUCGGAGAUUUCAAUGGCGAUGAAGCACAAGGCCAUUACCGGAGCUCUUUUCCGCGCGUUUUCAUUUUCAGAUUCUAUCUGGAAGGGCAGUUUGGUGGGGGCAAAGAUACAUACAACGCCCGCCAAUAUGAACUUGUACAAUUUUGUGAAGGGAGCCUUGGAGCAGGAUGAUAAGCAGAAGGUUCGUUGGAAAGGUUCUCAACAUCUACAAACCACCGAAGAAAAAAUGGAUAUCGUACACAUUAAGAUGCUAAAAAACAAUACUUUUAUUACCAUCACAGACUACAAGGGGAAUAAAAAGGCAGGAGCAUCUUCAGGAUGCUUAGAAGAACUGAAAGGCUCUACGGCUUCCCGAUAUGCUGCUGAGUCAACAGCAGAACAUAUGGGAAGAGUUGCUAAAAAUCUUGGGCUGAGAUCUGUCAUUAUGAGAGUAAAUGGGUUUAUGCACUUCAGGAAGAAGAGACAAGCAAUUCUUGGCUUUAAAGAAGGCUACACAAUGGGUAAAGGCAAUCAUACUCCGAUUGCAGUGAUUGAAGAUACUACUCAACGUGCACAUAAUGGUUGUCGGCUUCGAAAGAAACGUCGUAUCUAAGAAAUUAUAAAGCAGAUUUUCAUUAAGAAUAAGAAGUUGAAACACAUUUUGGAUGAAUUGUGGUUUUGUUGUUGGAGCACCUUUUGUUGUAUGCUCAGCUUCGAGCAUCUUUUGGACAAAUUAUGAUUUUCAUACAUAUUGUGAAAUUAUCUCCUGUUUUUAGACCAUUGAA